AUGCGAUGGGCAGCUGUCUCCGUGCGCGCGAAAGCAAAGUGCAAGGUGACUCGGCGAGCGGAUGCACGUCCACGGUUGGCGAAGAUCUUGGCUCUCAACCAGCUAAGACUGAUUCCUGGAAGCUGGCGGCCUCAAUGCGCCAUUUUUAAGCAAAUACGAGAACAGAUAGCAUCUCCAUGGUGGCAAAUUCAUUCCCUAGCGGCUGAAAAGCCAAUCACCCCGACCUGCACUGAGACGGCGGUCGGCACAACGACAUGCAUUUGCGGGGAUGGCGCAGCCGGGAAACGGUCAGCUGACGCUGCCACCCUGUCGCAGUCGACUAAUACCGUCAUUGUACAGUGCCAGAGUUCCUUCAGCUUCGUACCAUCUGAUAAGAGCGUCUGCAACGGACAAGCAAGUCUGGAUUCUAUGAGGUUUUGCACAGACUCGAACCAGAGGACCCAGAAAGGGCUUACUCCACUCGCUGACUACCUCACACCAUCCGUCGACAGCGUCCAGUGGCAAACCUCAAUGCAAAGCCACUCUUUGACCUUCCCGUCCGGAAACUUCCCAUUGAGUGACAGAGACUUUUUCGUAGGCUGCAAGAAGGAUGGAACCGAGAUAUGCCUGGUAAAUGUACAUGUGAAAGCUAGGCAGUCAAGGCUCACGGACAGUAAUACGCUCGUCUGCGCGUAUGGCGCGGACAGCAACUCGUCUGUUUCAGAAGCAGUGAUCAAUUUCAACAAGAACUCGCUGACGGUUGACUGUGGCGCCGACGGAGAAGUGCCGUUGCAGGACAACAGGCCCAUUGUGUACCAUUGCACCGACCCAGCGAAAGAGGAAUGUAAAGGCGUCGUCGACUUCAAAAGCAUCCUGCCAGGCUUCUCCGAAGAGUGGUUGACUGUAGACGAGGGCCACCACGGCGUCAAACUCGUUAUUCCAGAAGGUGGAUUCCCCACUGAGCCGAAAACAAUCGUGCUCGGGUGCAACCGGAGAGACUCGGCGGCUCGGCAGGUUCCUGAAGUCCCUAUGGGCGGCUCGUCUGCCAAACCUCUCCCUCUGUGCCGAGUCAAGGUCACUCUGAAGACCCACGCGAGCAGCGCGGCUGGCCUAAACUUUUCAGCAGGUGGAUCAACACUGAUGUUAGUGCCGUUGGUCUUCGCCCCACAUCUAUGA